AUGUUUUCCCGAUGGACUUGCUUAUGGAAGCCCUCCAAACCUGCCAAGGAGAGCCGACGUGCCGGGAAGAAGAUAGUCGAGGAGCUCACCCCAGAUGAAUACCGCGCGAGAGAUACCGUCAGAUUGGCUCGAUUCCAGGUCACAGGCAAGAAAUAUGCUGAUGCCACAGUUAUUGCCAUCAAUCGUGUUCAGCGCUUCUGGGAUCGACACUGUUCAUUUAUGGGGGUCGACGCCCACUCUCACCUUUCCGCAUGUGUGGACAAGAACUUCCGAGUCUAUGCUGAUUGGAGAUUGAAAAAUUUCAACAUCACCAAACAGAGUACGAUUUGGGUCGAAUGGAAAUUCCUUCGACUGCUCUUUAAGAGGGAGACAGGUCGAAAGGUGGAUGAAUUGGUGGGCAAAUUAAUCAGCGAGUUCAUCCUAGGUCCUCUGACCGAUGAGUACGAUUUGGACCUGUCGAUUGAUUACAAACCGGUAAAUCCACUGCUCAUGUUGUUUAUCACCUACACCUCAACGCGGCCCGGAGCACUCAUCGAGAGUGGUUGUCUCCGCGGUUCCAAUGAUGCCCUCUGCUAUAAGGAUAUUGUGUUGCGUGUGAUUCCCAAUCCAGAUCAGCCGGACCGGCAUGUACUUGUGAUGGAAGUAUCUCUUAUGUUCAUGAAGGGGAAGCGGAACAAGUCACAACCGACAACCUAUAUUUUCCACGAACGGGACGACAACCUCGCGCUUUGUCCUGUCUCCCACUUCCUUGCCCUGGCGCUGGCUGAUGACGCAUUCGACGCAAGAGGCAUCAACUCGGUUGAAGAUGUGCUCCGCAUUCGGGUUAUGGCGCCCCGUAACAGCCUGCAUCUAAAAUGGAAACCCCACAUGCUCAAUAUCCCCGUGUUCCGUCGAGCCGUACACACCGCAGAGGGGAUUCGGAUCUCUCCAGAUAAAGCUCUGCCCUAUGACACAUUCAACCAGUAUCUCCAACGCCUGGGACGCAAUGCAGGAUUCGAGCACAAGUUGACACCGUAUUGUAUCAGGCGAGGAACCGCCAACGCGGUUGACACUGUUGCAACUACCAGUGAGCGUAACCAGGUCAUGGGCCAUUCCAGAGCGGAUAUCUUCGAGCGCUACUAUAUAUCAGUAAAAGUCAAGCGGGAUGUGCAGUCCGCCUACCUUGGCUGUCCUGCCCGAGAGUCCAUCAUCCAGGCCGUUGGAAGGUUCAGCCUCACACGCGAUCCUCGUGCUCCGAAGGAACUUAGCAAUGAGCAGAAGGAGGCAAUCGAGCGGGAUCCUCAGCUCGUCAAGCUGUGUGACCGGCAGCGUUCUUUGCGCAAACUUAUCGAGAGAAAGCACGGUUCAGUCCCAAAAUCCAAAGGCACGGCGCUGCAUCGCGAGUACACAGAGCUUGGGGAUACCAUCAGGGCCGAGAAACAGACCCUCCACCGCGAGGCGUUCGAGGAAAUGAGGCAGGAGUUCUUCGCAACGAUCGACACGGUCGAGAUCGAGAGGCAACUUCUAGGAUUGUCUAUUAGCGAGGAGCUCAAGAUGGACGAUGAGGACAAGGUCCAAUUUGUAUUCGAGGAGCGAGCGCAGCUCGCUCGGAAUCUCUUCCGCUCGUCAGACUGUCGAACCGAAGACCAGCACGAGCUUUACGUCCGCCGAGUGCAAACAAGCCAGGAUUGGGCUUCACUCUGCAGCCUACGCGAGGGGCCGCGCAAGCGGAGAGUCUCAUCUGCCGACUCUGGAGUCGAUAUUACGUUCGACGGCAUCAUCGACGCGGACACCUUUCCCAUCUCAUGUCCGGGUACUCAGUGUCUCUUCUGUCUCGGAGAUAGCCAGCUGCCACACUCCGCGUGGAUUUACUCAUUUUCACGACCCGACCACCUUCGAAGACAUGUCCAAAAUUGCCACCUCCGCUACCUUGACCCCGAUGCUCUGCUCUGGUGCCCUCACCCGUCGUGCCCGGAUGCGCUGGAUGGCGUUGAAGAUUUUCAGGGGCACGCGCUCAUAGUCCACAACGUACGGACCGCAGGCUUCCGCCAAUCCUCGUUAGUCUUCCCCAAUCCAAAGCUUAGCUUCUGCCACCCAGAACCCUCCCGUUCAGUGGCAAGCGAUGUCCCGUGCAGUCAGCCUGCCACGGUCUUUCGAGCGCACCACUGCCUUAUCGCUCCUCUUCUCUCCCUUUGCAGAUUCUUGCUUCGGACGGACAGACCUCUACAGAUGGGUGGCCUAGCAGAGCUAAGUGCUGAGGUCGUCCGAUUGAUUGCGCAACAUUCAGACUCUGAAAAGGACAUUUACUCCUUUGCUCUGGUAUCAAGGACUUUUUACCACUGGACAGUCGAUCUCCUCUAUAAGCUCAAUUCCAGUCAAAACGAAGGCUUGGCGCUUCUGUGGGCCUGUAGGAAUGGACAGCAAAGCACAGCACGGCUUUCAUUAACACACUCACUCCAGGGUGAGAGGGAAGCGGUCCGUCGAAAGCGCAGCCGAUCUGCUCUUCUGUUAGCCUGCGAGAAUGGACACGCAAAACUGGUCGAGCUUCUAUUCCAAAAGAGAUCAGCUGAUUUUACGUUUGAGACUCCUGGUACAGCACCUCUACUCGCUGGCGGAAAUGGUCAUCGGGAUGCAAUGCAAGCUUUGCUUCAGAAUGGAGCCGACAUCGAUUUCACAGACGCCGAUGGUGACACACCGCUCAUUAAAGCUGCUUCGAAGGGACAUGACAAUGUGGCCAGGACCUUGCUCUGCAAAGGAGCAAACCCGGACUUUCAAAACUACUGGGGAGGCACAGCUCUUCUAACCGCUGCCAGGUUUGGACAUGUGCGAUUUGUCCAUGUUCUGCUUGAGAAGGGGGUGGAACUGGAUCAUAUGGUUGGCGGUGGUGCUGCCCUUAACUGGGCCGCCGCGGAAGGACACAAAGAUGUAGUUAGCGCUCUGCUCCAGAAAGGUGCAAGGACUGACCUUGUUGAUGAAUUGGGCGAUACAGCCAUCGAUCGGGCUAAGUGGCACGGGCAUGUGGAGGUGGCCAAGAUGAUUACUGAUCAUGGGAAUUGCUAG